AUGAGUUUGUUGGACACAAACUGCACCAGGAACACUUUGGAGUCCCUUUCUGAACCAGAGGAAAGUUACUCCCACGUGAAAGACAUAUUCAGUUGGAUAAGAACAUUAUCUAACAAAGACAGCUGGAGAACCACCGACCCCCUUGGAUUUCCAAACCUCGGGAACACUUGCUAUAUGAACUCCAGUCUUCAGAGCCUCCUGACAUUAAAAGAUUUUGUGAAGAGCGUCAGUCGUACAGAGCAGAUCUGGAGAUCAGUUCCUGAGGCUCAACUGCUGAAAAAACUGAUUGAAAUCAGGGACUGUCACAAAUCAACUAACUCUAACAUCAAGAGUCAACUCCUGCAGUCCUUUAAAGAUGUUAUCAGUGACCAGAACCCGCAGUUUAUGGAUAGUUUGCAGAAUGACGCCCAUGAGUUCCUGAUCUCGAUCCUGACACACAUCGAGAGUCUGUCUCCUCUGCUUCAACGGACCGCAGCGGGUCUGGGCAGAAGCUAUACCUGUCCAGUGGAAGACAGCUUUGGAUUUAAAAUGGAGUACACCAGAACAUGCAAAAAGUGUGGAGUUCAAUCAGUCAGACAGGAACAAUUUACUAAUCUGUCUCUGGACCUGGUUCCUGGAGGGUGUAUUGAAGACAUGAUUGAAAAAUAUCUUCUGGAGGUGGAGCUGGAAUACAGCUGUGAGUGCGGAGGAAAGUCAUCAGGCCAGACUUUGACCUUUGCAUCCCUGCCAAAAACAUUCAUCAUACAUCUGAAGCGUUUUUGCUACACUCCAUCCUUCAACCUGCAGAAAAUCUAUGACCCUGUGCAGAUACAGAGGGACAUAGUUGUGUCAUCUAAAAUGGGUGGUGGCUGUUUCAGUCUGGUCAGCGCCAUCAGUCAUUCAGGCAGUACUGGAGAAGGACUCUUUGCCUACUGUACUGAAUAA